AUGGCUUCAGUGCCAACCCCGUCGCAAGGCGAUUCUGCAUCACAAUCUGCAUCACACGAGCCAAAGCUUAAUGCUGAGCAAGAGCAGCAGACUCCGUCGGACCAUGCUCCAGCCAAUCAUGACCAGCCAAUUGCCGCACCUGUGCCCCAGACACCACAGACGUACUUGACUUUUCUUCUGGUGUCGGGGAGGAGGAGGACGAUGUCGUUCGACCCGGAGACUACCAUUGGGAGGGUGAAGGAACUUGUGUGGAAUGCGUGGCCCAGUGAAUGGCAAGACGAACGACCACCAGCGCCGUCUUACUUCCGGAUUCUUCAUCUGGGAAAGAUACUGCUUGAUGACGAUACCCUAACGAAACUAUCAUUACCAACUUCAUUACCGCCGCAAUCACCACAGCCUACCGAUCCCGCUGCUUCAUCCCAAAAGCCUCCACCUGAAGCAGUGUCGUCCCCUGAUCCCGUCCCACACGCCCCCCCUCCCCAUGCAACUAUCGUCCAUUUAUCCAUCCGCGCUUACGCACCGCCCGCGGAUGAUGACUUGAAGAAGGACAAAGGCCGGAAACCCAAGUGGGGCCGGACUCCUACUGCUGCAAGCAAUGCCGUUGAGCGAGGAAGCGGCGAAAGUGCAGUAGCCGUAGUAGAUCCAGAUAGCACUACUCCUCGUGGGUGUUGCGGAUGCAUAAUAUGUUAG